GCGAGCUGAGAUGAUGGCGAGCGCGCUCACAGCAUCACCAUCUCUCUAACACAGAGCAUUUAUCAGCGCAGCUUCACAACAAUGGACGGCAAUGUCUUCCCCGACCAAGAACAGCUGCUGGUGUUCCUGAAGAAACUCAAAGAAGUGUUCGACGUGUGCGACGAGGAUGCCGACGGAUAUAUUCGGGUUGAGCACUUCGUGGACCUCGGUCUACAGUUCGGCCAGGGAGAUGAAGUGAAGAAGUUUGCCAAGUACCUGGAUCCCAACGCUCACGGCAGAAUAAACUUCAAAGAUUUCUGCCAUGGAGUGUUUGCAAUCAAAGGCUGUGAGGAGAUCCUAAAACGGCACUUGGGACCCCCACCAUUGCAGCACAGCCGUACCAGACAGACAAUGGCUACUACUAUCAGCAUUUGUCUGCUCACCAAUUCUACACUCCCCUCCAACAUCGCCAACUCCUCCUAG